UAAUUGACCAUGAGAUCAUCAUCUCUUGCCGUCGUCCUGUUGCUAGUGAUUGGGAGCCAUGGAGUGUUUAUCGACACGGCGACAGCGCCUCCUGUUGACCAACAAAGUACACCGGCUCCAACAGAAGCGUCCCCACAACAUAAAGACCAACCCACCACUACUUCCGAACCACAAGCACAAACUCCCUCCACGCAACAACCUGAAGUAACACAACCUCCACAACAACCGCAGUCUCAGACGCAGGCAGGCACGCGACCGCCUGAAACAGAAAGCACUGCUACUGCUCCCAAGGAAGUACAGCAACAACAACAACUACAUCCUAUUACCAACAGCAACAUUCACCAUGCCGUCAAGGAAUGGAUGAAGAACCGCAAUUCUGCCCUGUCCAAAUUUGGACACAUUAGUACAUGGGAUACCAGUCGAGUGACGGACAUGUCCUAUCUAUUUUCGUGGGAACGAUCGCACGCACUCAGUCAAUUCAAUGAUAACAUUACCACCUGGGAUACACACCGCGUGGUCAAUAUGAGUCACAUGUUUUAUGGCAAUGCCGUCAUGAAUUUGGAUUUGGGAAAAUGGAAUACGACGCACGUGCAAGAUUUUUCCAGUUGUUUUGCUCAUGCCCAAGCGUUUGAAGGCCAUGGGUUGCGCCAUUGGAAUACGCGUCAUGCAAUUGAUAUGCGCCGCAUGUUUCGCGAUGCCAAAGCAUUUAUCGGCAAUGGCAUUCACGUGUGGGAUACCCGGUCUCUCUCCAAUGCCACACGCAUGUUUCACGGUGCCACCAAUUUUCACGGAGCCCAUCAUUGGCAAUGGAACACGCAUCGGUUACUCGACAUGACGGAAAUGUUUGCGGAAACGCCUGUGUUUACGGGAGAUUUGUCCGCAUUGGAUGUGUCCUCUGUAACGAGUAUGAAGGGAGCCUUUUUCAAGGCGGCCAAAUUUAAUGGUGAUUUGACUCUAUGGAAUACACAUCGCGUGGUCGAUAUGAAUUCCAUGUUUGCCUAUGCGACGGCAUUCCAAGGCACGGGGUUGGAUCAUUGGAAUGUCAGCCGUGUCACCAAUUUUGCCAAUACAUUUAAGCGAUCCAAUUUCAAUCAAAAUGUGAGCGGGUGGGAUGUCAAGAGAGCGACGGAUUUGAGAAGUAUGUUUCGGUAUGCCGCGCAUAUGAAACAAAAAGUCUGCUGGAAACUCCACAAGCAUGCCAAUGUCGAUGGCAUUUUCUUUCAAGCCAAGGCACAUUUUGAUCGCACGUGUGUCAAACACAAGGACAUUGUGGCCAGUUGCUGUCUCCCUCGAUUGGACAAUGCCUGCCAGUGCGGUGAAAUGACGGUCAAUCAAGACCACGAGGUUCAGACCAUGAACAAUGCCACCACGGCUGUCGCGGAGGAACCCGGUUCUGUGGGUGCCGCCAGCAGUGUCUCGUUCUUUUCCAGUGGCAGUGACCAUUUGAUGGCCUUGGGGAUUGCCUCUGUCGUUGGGUCAUUGAUCAUGCUGUUUUGUGUCAUUCGACGAUUCCGUCUGCGAAAUUCCAUCACCACUAUUGAAUUUGAGGGGGAUGAUCCGGAUGUGUCAGAUUUGGAUAUGACGCCCACGCCCUAUAACAAGAACGCCACUCUCACCAUUCCUGCCACCAGUACCAAGUCGUUUUCGUCUCAUGAAAGUGACGACGAAGGACCCAUGGAAGAAGUGACCAUGCGUGAAAUCAUCUAGACUAGUAGGACAAUAAGAAGUGGAAAGGUUGCAUUGCCAGUACCGGCAGACCACUCCGCUGCAUCUUUGUAUGUGUUACCUGCUCAAGACAAAAUCUUGAUGCUGUGAGGUACAUGUAAACUGACAACAUAGAAUCACACUAUUCUAAUCUGAGACGAUAUAUCAACAAAAGUUAUUCC